CGCGGUGCCGGGCAGGGAGCGGGACCAGCACCGGGAGCGGGACCGAGCCAGGCCGCCAUGACCAAGCUGGGGCAGUGGCUGUGUGGACUCGCCGUGCUGGGCUCGGCUUGGGCCGCGCUGGCUCUGGCCCCGCCGGGGCUGCAGCCGCCGGCCCCGCUCCGCCAGGCGCUGCUGCCGCUGCCCGUCUACCUGCUGGUGGCCUUCGGCUGCUACUCCCUGGCCACCGUGGGCUACCGCCUGGCCACCUUCAACGACUGCGAGGAGGCGGCGGCCGAGCUGCAGGAGCACAUCAGGGCGGCGCGGGCCGACCUGCGGCGGCGGGGGCUGCGCCUGUGAGCCCAAUAAAGGCCAGGG